GCUGUAGCUGGUUUCUUCACAUUCACAGCUCCUGAGCAUCUCUUCCCAGCACCAUGGCUAAAACAGCAAUAGCCUACAAGGAGAAGAUGAAGGAACUGUCCAUGCUGUCUCUGAUCUGUUCUUGUUUUUACCCUGAACCCCGCAAUAUCGCUGCAUACACGUUUGAUGACAUGGAAGUCAAGCAGCUUAACAAGCGUGCAUCGGGCCAGGCUUUUGAACUGAUUUUGAAACCGCCAUCUCCAGUCUCUGAAGCUCCCCGAACCCUUGCCUCUCCAAAGAAGAAGGAUGUUUCUCUAGAAGAGAUUCAGGCCAAGCUGGAAGCAGCAGAGGAAAGACGAAAGUCUCAGGAAGCCCAAAUCCUGAAGCAACUUGCAGAGAAGCGAGAGCAUGAGAGAGAAGUGCUCCAAAAGGCCCUGGAAGAGAAUAACAACUUCAGCAGAAUGGCAGAGGAGAAACUAGUACUCAAAAUGGAACAGAUCAAAGAAAACCGUGAAUACUACUUAGCUUCCCUAAUGGAACGUCUCAAGGAGAAGGAAAGGCAUGCCGCCGACGUGCGCAAAAACAAGGAACAACUAGAACUUUCCGGCUGAAAACCAUACCGCCAUUAGUAACUUCCUUGCCUAUAUAAUUACGGAUCAUGCGAUAUCAGUAUGGAAAAAUGUAUGACAUCAAAAAAAUUAAACAUUAAAAAAGAAACAAAAAAAAAAAAUACAAGAACUCAUAAAAUAAAAACAAAAGAAAAAAAAACAAAAAGAAAAAAAUUGCGGUCUCUUUGCAGAAUGAUUUGCUUGAUGUUUAAAAAUAAAUAAAUUUGGGUCUUUUUUUGUAAAUAUUUACAUUUUUGUUAAAAAAUACAAGUAUUGCAUUAUGCAAGUUAUUUCAUAAUCUUCCAUGCCCUGUAACAGGCUUUUGGUGUUGUCUAUUAACUCUUCGAUGAAUUUGCCGAACCUUUCCAAGAUGCCCAUGUCUAAUCUCAUUCCCUGCCGCCUUCUUUUUUUGCAUUCAGAACACGACGCCAGAAGAAAUUAAUAGGAGGGAUGCCAGCCAUUAACUCGCCAUUAUAUCGAUUUUGUAAGCUUCACACUUUGUUAAACACAUCUUUCUAUCUGAAUUGCCGCAGUUAUUCGUUGGUGUCCGCAGGAUAAAAUAAACUAGCGUAACCACAACUGAUUUGUCCAAGUUUGUCAGGUCUCUGAAGCAGGUAUAGCCAAGCUGUGGAACUCUAGACAGUCUAUCCCGGCUCUAGAGCUUUCUAAGUAUAGGUUAAUAUAUUAUUAAGCUGGAUGCUGAAUGCAGAACACAAAACAAUCAGUUGGAAUUUGUCUUACAAAUAUAAUGGCUUUAGAGUUCCAUCAAUGCCUACUAAAACUAUUGUACCUCUUAAUCAAGUUAGCCUAUCUGUUACUCUGGAAACAACAUUGUGUUUCCUGUUAAUGCGCUCUAGGGAUCAUGUGUAGGCUUAAUAAUGGAGUCUGUAAGAGAACUGCUGAGCUUUUAAAGGCUGGACAUCCACGUCCGAGCAACAGUUCUAAUUCUUCUUCAGCAAAAAAAAAAAAUUGAAAUCAGUAAAUCUACAGGGAUUAUUAGACAGGGUGCACGUGCCAAGUACGGAAUUCCUAAUCAAGUUACCACGACGUAAACCUAGUUCCAGUUUUUGAAGUUGUUCCUAACUAUGGAAGUUUCUGCCUGCCUAUUCUACUCUUCAUUAGUGCUAUUUCCUGUAUGUCAUUGUGAGCAAGCUGUGAUAAAUAAAGAAUCGGGGUUCUGUGAACUGA